AUGUAUUUUCCUUCGACCACCCGACUACUUUUUGAAGCGCAGGAAAAAACACCAGCUGGCAGUGUUUACCCAGACGUCAUAGGGAGAGGUUAUGCACCGCCUUAGCUCCGUCUGCCCAAACACCACCUCACUUCUCUGACUCGCCCUGUACUAAGGUCCCUCUACUCCCAGACCCCCAGACGCCUAGACCCACUCUCCCUCUCUGCAACUCACAGAAAACGGACGCAUUUUAAGGUACACUCAACUAAAACCCGCAACAUGUCUGAGGGAGGCACAAAAGAAGAGGGGAAGAAGCUGCCUUAUCCUCGUGGUGCCUUCUUUAUCCUCGUGGGGUACCUGCUGGAGCGUUUUGUCUACUAUGGACUGUUCGGAGGCGCUGUUUUCUAUAUGCAGAGGAUGCUUGGGUUUACUUCAUCCUCCGCGAAGACUGUAAAGGCUGUAAUGGAAGGGUUGAUCUAUCUGGCACCGAUCGCUGGGGCCAUCCUUGCUGACACCUACUUAGGGAAGGCUAGGACAGUAUUUCUGAUGUGCUGCGGUUACACAGUGGGCGCUGGAAUUUAUACUUUAUCGUCCGCCACGCCCAUCAUGGCUACUGUGUCCUCUGCACGUGUCACAGGAAUAAUGGGCCUCUUGGUGCUGGGAAUUUGUGCUGGUCUUAUGAAGGCUGUGUACUCGUCCCUUGGUGCUGAUCAGUUCAAGAUUCCUGAGCAGAGAGAGCAGCAGAAGAGGUUCUUCUACUUCUUCUACUGGAUGAUCAACGCUGGGGCCUUCCUCGGGCAGCUCAUGACGGCGCAGCUGAGGGAUUCCGUGCAGUGCUUCGGCGACGACUGUUACUUCCUCCCCUACGUUAUGCUCGUAGGACUCAUGGUCACCUCCACUCUUGUCUUCGCGCUGGGUCGGUCCCGCUACGUGGAGGCGCCCCCAGACACCAUGCUGCUGCAGUCACUCCGCUGUGUGGGUCACGCCAUUAAGAAGACCUGGGAUAAGGACAGGAAGCAGGUGGAGCACUGGCUGGACCGCGCCCUUGACAGGUUCUCCCCGGAGUUGGUGAGGGACGUGAAGACAACAAUGCGGGUGCUGUGUCUCUUUUGCACCUUCCCGCUGUUCUGGGCUCUAUUCUACCAAACUUCCACUGGCAUGAUCUUCCAAGCCAAACGACUGGACGGUCUGAUUGGCACCUACCGUAUCCCCCCGGAGAUGUCCUCGACCGUCAACCCACUGCUCAUCAUCACCCUCAUCCCUCUGUUUGACCUGGUUAUCUACCCCCUCCUCACUCGCUACGGCCUCCUCACCAAGACCACCUCCAGAAUGAUUGUUGGGAUGGUCUUCGCAGUGACGGCUUUCGUGGUGUAUGCCCUUGUUAACAUUAGCGUGGAGCAAGUCAUCCUGCCAGCGUCCCAAGCCAGGGUGCACGUGUACAACGCCCUGCCCUGCCCAGCCUCCGUCACCCUGCAAAAGCUUGACGCGUCCCUGCAGGUCCCCCCCGGCGGCCGUCUGGUGCCUGAGGACUUCGAGGUGGAGGGGGACCAGGUGGAGGUGGUGGUGCGUGCCAUCUGCUAUUCAGGGGGGGCGGAGGUGAGGGUGGAGGUGCCUGUCACUGGCGCCCAUGAGUCCACCCUGGUCAUGGCCCCCACUGGUCCCCUCCCCCUCCCCCCCCCACCCUGGACUACAUCAAGGACGAGGAUGCCGAGGCUAAGACAGAUCCGAGUCAUCACCCCGGACGGCAGCGUGGACAACCUCACCCUGAAGUACGACGCCCUGGAAGAGGCAUUCACCCUGGAGGGAAGCGGGCCGAAGUGGACGCCCUUCAAGAAAAUCAGCCCGCAGGAUUAUAAACUUGUAGUGAAACCAGGACCUUUUGGCGCCGCGGAGGGAACGGUAGGAGACGCCCUUGUGAGGCAGGAUGGUGUUUAUGACGUAGUGGUGUCUGGCAGCGGCGCCGAAGCUUUAGUGUUUGUGAUGACGCCGCCAGCUGAGGUACAUAUGAUGUGGCUCUUCCCCCAGUACCUCCUUAUCACUAUUGGCGAAGUCCUGUUCUCAGUAUCUGGUAUGGAUUUCGCGUACUCUCAAGCCCCUUUCGCUAUGAAGUCCACUCUGCAGGCUGCCAAUUUGUUCACCAUCACGAUCGGAUUGUGGCUGUUCGCUGGUCUGAACGCGAUCGCAGGCGCUACGGGGUCUUUCAAACAUCGGGCCUCUAAUGAAUCCUUCCUCUACGCAGCUCUUAUGGGUUUAAACACUGUUAUAUUUGUGAUCCUCCUCAAAUGGUAUCACAAGAGCGAGGGAACAGCGCAUUCAGGUUCAGAUACCGGACUGGAUUCUGCUAAUGUUGAUUCAAAGCCUUCUACUUCCUCCUCCUCCGCGUCUGGGCGAGGGAGAGGGACGAAGGAGGAGGAAGAGGAGGAGAAGAAAAAAGCUCAUUUAAAUCCUGGUUUUGUUGAUGAUCAUGCUGUUUAAGUGUGUGUGUGUAUGUGUGUGUGUGUGUGUGUGUGUGUGUGUGUGUGUGUGCUGUCUUUUUUUUUUCUUGUUCUUAUUCUUGUCUUAUUCUUUCUUUCCUUCUCUCUCUCUCUCUCUCUCUCUCUCUCUCUCUCUCUCUCUCUCUCUCUCUCUCUCUCUCUCUCUCUCUCUCUCUCAUCACCAUCAUCAUCACCACCUCCACCACCAUCAUCAUCACCACAAAUUACAAUACAAUAUUUUUUUUCACGAAUACAAAAAAAAAAAAAAAAAAUCUGUGAUAAAUUUAAACUUACAUUUUAUUUAGAAUUUUUUAUAAUUGUAUUUUUUAAAAGACUGUAUAUGUUAUAGAAAAUUAUAUAUACUGUACAUGCAAAGACAAUUUUUUAGAGCAAAUAUAUUAUACGUGUGAAAUUAUUGAUAA